UAAACACCAAAAGAAGGAAGCUAAAUGUGAUGCUAGCAGCUUUAGCUUUCUUUCGUUCUGCUUGAAGCCAUCCCAGAGAGUCGGAUAGUCUGUGAGCUGAACAUGUGAGUGUUUGCAGUAAAAAUAUCUUCAGUCCGGAUUCAACACGAGGUUUUAAACGAGCUCCUGCUGAAGAAACAUUCACAGAGUUUAAAUAAAUCUCCAGGUUUAAGGAAGAAAUGGAUGAUCAGAUGCUGGUUUUUACCCGGACACCUCAGAUCAUCUUAUAUCGAAUAGACCACCUGCUGGAUCGUGUUUGGAAAGAGGAAGUUUGCUCUAACCAGCAGCUCUGUAAACAUGAGACGGAUCCCAGUUUGGACCAGGAGGAACCAGAACCUCUGCAGCUGAAAGAAGAGCAGCAAGAGCCAGAUCAUCCAUGCACUAAAGAGGAACCAUCGGAGCUCUGCAUAAGUGAACAUAAAGAGCAUCUUGAUCUGAGGCAGGAGAAUGAAGAUUCAUUAAGGUUGACUCCUAAUUAUGAAGAAAAGAACCACAUUCAAGCAGAACCAAUCAGUAACCAAGCUGUCUCUCAAAACUUUAAAAAAGAUUCCUUUAUGCCAAAGAAAAAUUUGACUGAAGACUUGAAAAGUCACACAGGUGAGAAACGUUUUCCAUGUCGGACAUGUGGAAAAAGUUUCUUUAAGAAAAGAGAUUUAACAGAUCACAUGAGGAUUCAUUCAGGCGAGAGACCAUUCAAAUGUUGGCUCUGUAGAAACAGCUUCACUACAAAAGUUGUUCUGGACUCUCAUGUCAGAACUCACACAGGUGUGAAGCGAUUUUCUUGUGCCAUUUGUGGCAAAGGUUUUAGUCGAAAUUAUACUAUGAAUUAUCACAUGAGACGCCACAAAAAUGAAAGGCCUUUUCCCUGGAAUACCCGUGAACAAACGUACACAUCAAAAGAUCCAUUGAGCGACAAUACAGUUGAGAAUCCCUUUUUGUGUGGGAUCUGUGGAAAAGCUUUCCAAGAAAGCAAUAGCUUAAGAACUCACCUGAUGUCUCACACAAAGGAGACGCCGUUUCAGUGCAGAACAUGUGGAAAAAGUUACAAAGAAAAAGUACAUUUCACAGUUCACAUGAAAACUCAUACAGAUGGGAAGCUUUGUUCUUUCUGCGGAAAAACUUUCACAACCAAGUCUAAUUUUGAGAGACACGUCAGAAUUCACACUAGUGAGAAGCCGUUCUCUUGUACCAUUUGUGGCAAAGGCUUCAUUCAAAAAGAGCAUUUGGCUUAUCACAUGACGCAUCACACAGACGACAGGCCUUUUCCCUGCGAUAUCUGUGAAAAAUCUUUUAAAAGAAAGGAUGCUUUGAAAAGACACACGAGAAUCCACACAGGUGAGAAACCCUUUUUGUGCAAGACCUGUGGAAGAGCAUUCAUCCACCAUAAUAGCUUUAAAGCUCAUUUGCUAACUCACAAAUGAGAAGCCUUUUCAUUGUGUGACGUGUGGAUAAAGUUAUGAGAAAAACGGAUCGACACUUGGCAUGAGGCACAAAUGUAAAAUUCUGUAUUUGUCAGAAUGUUUCUCUUUAUUUGGUGGUAGAAAAUAGUCAAAGACAACAGAUUUUAGGUGGGAUUAAAAUGAAACCAAGUAUAAAGGAUAAUAAUUGAAUGAAUAAUACAGAAGUACGACUCAUGGCACAGUGUCCUGUUAAUGCAAUACUUGUUUCUGUGCAGUUUUCACAUGCUGUCUCAACCAGAUUCUAUCACCAAGCUGUGUUUUAUCACCAAGCUAACUGUCAUAACGAACACAUGAAAAUCUUGUUCAUGAACAAUGCUGUCAGGACUUUUCAUUUUGAUGACAUUGGCACUUUCAUUGAUAUGAAUACUUGCUUUUGAGGAAGAAGCUAUUGUUAGCAAGUGGCUCACUCCUGCAGGUUAUCAGCUGUGUUUUGCAGUUUUGUACUUUAAGAAAUGCAGUAGCUGUUGUGUUAAUGUUAACGUAUGAAAUGCACAAAAGCGACAGGAAAAACACUGUAGAACCAAAAAUCCUCAGUCUGAAGAACUUAUUCCCUUUAGUUUGUAAGUUAUUAUAGAUUAAAAGACUGCUUUUCAAAAUAAAUCAUCUUUGUCAGAUGACAGAAUUAAGAUUGCACAGCUUAGAUACAAUAGUAAAAAUGUAUGUAAAAAUUUAUGAAAUCAACUGCUUUCUUAAUGCCUACAUUGAUUUAAAACAAUGAAAUUAAAGAAGAAAGCAACAUUAAACAUUUUUGUUUUUAAUUUUCACCAAUACUUCCAGAAAAUGACAGCAGAGUUAAGCUACAAGUACCACCAAUUUUGUCCUGACCCGUUUCAUUAAUUAGUUUUUUUAAAUGAUUCUAUUGAUCCACAAUUCAAAAUCAGUGUCUGGUUUCCAUUUAUUCAUUUUCAAUAAAGUUUUAUUUAUCA